AUGGCCGCCGAGCAGACAUCGACGGAGCCCCUGCGCGCGGCCACGCCCACCCUCACAGAACCCGAGCGCCCCGCCACAGCGCACACGGCACACGGCUCCCUCCAAGUCCCCGGCCUCGAUGGCGCCGUCGACCCAAACAACAGCACAACAGCCGUCAACGCCAGUGCCACCCCCAGCCGGCCCGUCACGCCAAACGGCCACAACAUCCUCAACGCUAGAUAUCCCCACACCCAGGUCACCUACGAUGAUCCCGACUUCAUGCGGCCCCCGCCCCUCAAGUACACCCUGCGCACCCGCAGGAAGGCCAUCUUCUGGUUCUGGACCCUCAUCAUCCUCGACUGCAUCUGCAUGCCCAUUGCCCUGUACUUUGGCAUGUGGUACGGCCUCACGCGCGACCAGCUGUCAGCCAACGCCGUCUUCAGUAUCAGCACCGCCCUGCUGGGUACCGUUUCCAUCGUCGAGUACUUUAUUCGUUUCCACCGCCUCUGGAAGAAGAACUCCAACUGCAGGGUCAUCGGCGCCAAGCGAUCUUAUCUCGACUGGUUCCACUGGAACUUGUCCUUUGCAUGGUUCUUCAUCAUGAUUGAGCUCAUCGCCGGCACCUGUCCCCACGACCCCCCGAUCCGCGUCCUCGCCAUGCCUGCGCCCACCAUGCUGUUCGCCAUUGGCUUCCAGCUGCUGUUCCUCGAUCUGCUUCGACUCCGCGGUGUCCCAGCACCCUGCCGUAUCUCUUCGCUCCCCAAGGGCGCGCCUCUGCGACCUGGUAUCUACGCUUACAUCGAAGACGUCUGUGCCGUGGACGGAUCCGGAGGCACCGAGUUCAGGCAGAGACUCAACCUGCGCUACCAGGCCAGCAAGGCUUUCCGUGAGAUGCUACACCGCCUGACCCUGUUCUGGGCUAUCGGCGCCAUCGUGUGCGCCACCGUCUGUACCGCCAUCAUCUUCACCAUCCCGCGAGAUGCUGCCUACGUUGUUGGCUGGGUCCUGCCCUUUCUGUGGGCCGGUAUCUGGGUGGCCAUCACCAUUCCCUGGGUCCAGCGCGACCUCAUGAAAGAGUACAACGACUGGACCGAGGCCAGGUGGAAGGCAUAA